AUGCCUCUCUGGCAGAUUUAUCACCCGACCGGCACGUUCGAGGACAAUGCUACAAAGCAUGCAUUCGCCCAGGAUAUUACGAAGAUGUACACCGACAUAGGCCUACCCUCCUUUUAUGUGGUCACCCACUUCUACAAAAUGGAUGACGAGAACGUUUUUGUUGGCGGAAAAACCAAUGAAUCUGGCGAGACACCUUUUAUCCGGAUUGUGAUUACCCACAUUGCCCUUCGUAUUCCUGAUGUCGACGCAAUGUACCUUCGCACUACUUCCCGCAUUGACAAGAUCAUAAAGCCGUAUGUCGCAGAUAAGGGAUACGAUUUUGAAUAUCACGUUGAUGAGACUGAGCGGAGACUUUGGAAGAUCAAUAGCCUAAUUCCACCUCCGCACAAGAGCGAGGCAGAACAGCUUUGGUUUAAGGAGAACCGUGCUGUCCCUUAUGAGGGGGCUUAUCCCGCCGUGCUCAGUCAGGCCUCUAUUUGA